UUUUCUGGAACGGUAGAUUAUUUCUUUUUCUACUUCAACGACGGACGCAUUAGAAUUUCUCGUCAAUCGUGAGGAAAUAUCCGCCAUUCGGCGAAACACAGUACAGAGAAACCAGAAUCUGAGAAGUGUGCGAAAGGAUCACUGAAGAAGAAGAAGAAGAAGCAUCAUACUAUGAAGUCGCCUUUGUUGUUGGCUGCGUCGCUGUUGGUGCUGUCGACAGUCUCUUACGGCUUCCUGGAAACUCGUGCCUUAGCUCACCGCCACCGCCUCACGGGAACCACCGCCGGGAAGUUCUUGACUUCGGAGGAACUAUGGUUUAGUCAGAUUCUCGAUCAUUUCUCUCCAUAUGAUCACCGAAAGUUUCAGCAGCGCUAUUAUGAGUUCCUUGACUACUUCAGAGCUCCAAGUGGGCCUAUCUUUCUGAAAAUUUGUGGGGAAGGUCCAUGCACUGGGAUAUCAAACGACUAUCUUGGUGUUUUGGCAAAAAAGUUUGGAGCUGCUGUUGUUUCACUUGAACACAGAUACUAUGGGAAAAGUUCGCCCUUUAAGUCGUUAGAAACGAAGAAUUUGAGAUACCUUUCAUCCAAGCAGGCACUCUUUGACCUAGCUGUUUUCAGACAACAUUAUCAGGAUUCACUAAAUGCGAAGCUGAACAGAACAAGUGGGGAAAAUCCAUGGUUCAUCUUUGGUGUUUCAUAUGCAGGGGCUCUUAGUGCUUGGUUUCGUCUCAAGUUCCCACAUCUAACAUGUGGAAGUCUUGCUAGUUCAGCAGUUGUUCUUGCUGUCUACAACUUUACUGAAUUUGACCAGCAGAUUGGUGUGUCAGCUGGUCCUGAAUGUAAAGCUGCCCUACAAGAAGUUACCAGUCUUGUUGAUCAAGGGCUUGCAUCAAACACGAAAGCUGUGAAAUCACUAUUUGGUGCAACUGAGCUUAAAGUUGAUGGUGAUUUCCUUUACUUUCUAGCUGAUGCUGCAGUUAUGGCGUUUCAAUAUGGCUCUCCAGAUGAACUUUGCAAUCCACUUGUUCAAGCAAAGAAGGAUGGAGAAGAUUUGCUGAACAUUGAAUGGCAGGCUGUGUAUGCCAAGUAUGUGAAUGAGAAGUUUUCCAGUGUUGAAACUUAUGAUCAAGAAUAUUUGAAAGUCACCGCUAUUACUGAAAAUUCUGCGGACCGGUUGUGGUGGUUUCAAGUUUGUUCUGAAGUUGCCUACUUUCAAGUGGCUCCAGCAAAUGACAGCAUUCGUUCUUCAAGAGUUGACACGAGAUACCAUUUGGACCUUUGCAAGAACGUUUUUGGAGAAGGCGUCUAUCCCGAGGUUGACAUGACAAACAUAUACUAUGGGGGAACAAAGAUUGCAGGUUCAAAGAUUGUGUUUACAAAUGGCUCACAAGAUCCCUGGCGCCAUGCAUCCAAACAGAUUUCUUCCUCAACCAUGCCCUCAUACUUGAUCACUUGCCACAACUGCGGCCACGGGACUGAUAUGAGAGGGUGUCCUCAGUCUCCUCUCUGCCUAGAAGGAAACGCCCAGAAUUGCACGUCCCCUGAGGUAGUGCAGAAAGUAAGGCAGAAGAUCAUUGAACACAUGGACUUGUGGUUGUCCGAGUGCGUGUCUGGUGAUAGCAGGAACCAUAUGACAAUGUAAUUAACAAACAACAGACUACUAAAAAUCCUCUCUUUUUUCUAAAGAUCCACGUAUGUAAUGUUUCAGCACGGUUUCACAAACUUCCCUCAACCUCAAGUUGCUUAGAUGCUUUGUUUUUGUUGAGGAUGGCAAGUUUAUAGAGCUUAUCUGUAACUAAUUCUGUAUUUAUGUACCACUAUCGUCUAUAUGUUGAACAGCAAUCUAGAUCACGGCAGGUGCUAUUAUAUAUUAAAUCAUGGACAGACGAGCAUGUGGGUUUGAAGAUGAAAACUCCAUUU